CCACAGCUGGCCCCCGAAAGGACACUCCCCGAGUCCCCAGCCGGGGGCCCUGCGUAGACCUGGAGUGGACACCCCCUCCUUCCCUUCAUGAUUCGUUCGUAGCGCAGUGGCGAUGGAUGAUGAGGAUGGGAGAUGCUUACUAGACGUGAUUUGUGACCCUCAGGCCCUCAAUGACUUCCUACAUGGAUCCGAGAAGCUCGAUGGCGAUGACCUCCUGGAUAACCCCGGGGAGGCCCAAAGUGCCUUCUAUGAAGGUCCUGGGCUCCAUGUGCAAGAAGCUUCUGGCAACCACUUGAGCCCAGAGCCCACACAGCCGGCCCCCAGCGUGGACCUAGACUUCCUAGAGGAUGCGAUCCUGGGCUCGCCGGCUGCGGGGGGCGGCGGCGGGGGCGGCGGGGGUGCCGACCAGCCCUGCGACAUCCUGCAACAGAGCCUCCAAGAGGCCAACAUCACUGAGCAGACACUCGAGGCCGAGGCCGAGCUGGACCUGGGCCCCUUCCAGCUGCCCACCCUCCAGCCCGCAGAUGGCGGAGCAGGCCCGGCAGGUGCCGGAGGGGCUGCCGCCGUGGCCGCUGGGCCCCAGGCCCUGUUCCCCGGUGGCACUGACCUUCUGGGGCUGCAGGCCCCACCCACUGUGCUGACCCACCAGGCCCUGGUGCCGCCCCAGGACGUGGUCAACAAAGCCCUGAGCGUGCAGCCCUUCCUACAGCCCGUGGGCCUGGGCAAUGUGACCCUGCAGCCCAUCCCAGGCCUCCAGGGCCUGCCCAACGGCAGCCCUGGGGGCGCCACGGCGGCCACACUCGGCCUGGCACCCAUCCAGGUGGUGGGCCAGCCUGUCAUGGCACUCAACCCGCCCACCUCCCAGCUCCUUGCCAAGCAGGUGCCCGUCAGCGGCUAUCUGGCCUCGGCGGCUGGCCCCUCAGAGCCAGUGACCUUGGCGUCGGCCGGCGUCUCGCCCCAGGGGGCCGGCCUGGUCAUUCAGAAGAACCUCCCCACCGCCGUGGCCACCACGCUCAACGGGAACUCGGUGUUUGGAGGGGCGGGAGUGGCCACGGCAGCGGCCAGCGGGGCACCCUCGGGGCAACCGCUGGCGGUGGCCCCCGGCCUUGGCACGUCACCGCUGGUCCCUGCGCCCAACGUGAUCCUGCAUCGCACGCCCACGCCCAUCCAGCCCAAGCCUGCCGGCGUGCUGCCCCCCAAGCUCUACCAGCUGACACCCAAGCCGUUCGCCCCGGCGGGCACCACGCUCACCAUCCAGGGCGAGGCAGGGGGCCUCCCGCAGCAGCCCAAGGCCCCCCAGAACCUGACUUUCAUGGCAGCAGGCAAGGCCGGCCAGAACGUGGUGCUGUCGGGCUUCCCCGCACCUGCCCUGCAGGCGAAUGUCUUCAAGCAGCCUCCUGCCACCACGACCGGAGCCGCCCCGCCGCCGCCCCCCGGGGCCCUGAGCAAGCCCAUGAGCGUCCACCUCUUGAAUCAAGGCAGCAGCAUCGUCAUCCCUGCCCAGCACAUGCUGCCGGGCCAGAACCAGUUCCUGCUGCCCGGCGCACCCGCCGUCCAGCUCCCCCAGACGCUCUCAGCCCUGCCCACCAACGUCGGCGGGCAGAUCCUGGCGGCCGCGGCGCCUCACGCGGGCGGACAGCUCAUCGCAAACCCCAUCCUCACCAACCAGAACCUGGCGGGGCCGCUGAGCCUGGGCCCCGUGCUGGCCCCCCACUCUGGGGCCCACAGCGCAGCCCACAUCCUCUCGGCCGCCCCCAUCCAGGUGGGCCAGCCGGCGCUCUUCCAGAUGCCUGUGUCGCUGGCCGCGGGCAGCCUGCCCACACAGAGCCAGCCGGCACCCACCGGCCCCGCUGCCACGACCGUCCUCCAGGGGGUCACUCUGCCCCCCAGCGCCGUGGCCAUGCUCAACACCCCCGACGGGCUGGUGCAGCCAGCUACCCCUGCCGCCCCGGGGGAGGCCGCGCCUGUCCUCACGGUGCAGACAGCCCCCCAGGCGCCACCGUCGGUCAGCACCCCACUGCCUUUGGGCCUCCAGCAGCCACCGGCGCAGCAGCAGCCCCCGCAGGCCCCGACCCCUCAGGCCGCCGCCCCGCCUCAGGCCACCACCCCCCAGCCCAGCCCAGGCCUGGCGUCUAGCCCAGAGAAGAUCGUCCUGGGACAGCCGCCCUCUGCCGCCACCACGGCCAUCCUCACUCAGGACUCCCUGCAGAUGUUCCUGCCCCAGGAGAGGAGCCAGCAGCCCCUCUCCGCAGACGGCCCCCACCUCUCCGUGCCCGCCUCGGUCAUAGUCAGCGCCCCGCCUCCCGCCCAAGACCCAGCCCUGAGCACCCCCAUCGCCAAAGGAGCUGGCCUCGGCCCUCAGGCCCCCGACAGCCAGGCUUCCCCAGCGCCGGCCCCCCAGAUCCCAGCAGCGCCUCAGGUGCCGUCCGGAAUCAUUCUCCAGAACAAGGCCGGGGGGGCCCCCGCCGCCCCGCAGACCUCCGCCAGCCUGGGGCCCCUCGCCAGCCCCACUGCCUCUGUGCUGGUCAGCGGGCAGGCCCCAUCCGGGACCCCCACCGCCCCCAGCCAUCCCCCUGCCCCGGCACCCAUGGCCACCACAGGUAGGGGAGAGGUAGCCCACGAGGAGAGGGAUAUGGAAGGGAGGCAGGAAGACAAGACCACAGCAGGGAGGGAGCCUGCAGAAGCCAGCCUGGUGUCCAGACCGAGUCAGGUGGAGGCCAAUACCCACGCCUCCAGAGAAGGGGCUGGCGGGGACCCAGGCAAGGCCCGGCCCAGGUCUUCCCGGAGGCAGGUUCAUAUGCUGGGCAGCACAUCCGGGAGCUGGGGCCAGGACCCCACCUCGGCGGGGGAGGGGGGGGAUGCAGGCCGGCUCUCCUCUUUGUCACAGGCAAGGUCCCAAGGGGGUCAGGGCGCAAGGGGAGGCCCCUCGGCAGCGCUGUCUCUCACUCAGCUCUCUGCCUCGCAGUAUGAGAGCAAGAUGGGCAGUCUGAAGAAACCCUCCAUGCUGCAGCCCAGCAAAGAAGCCUGUUUCCUGGAACAUUUGCACAAACAUCAGGGCUCCGUCCUGCACCCUGACUACAAGACAGCCUUCCCCUCCUUCGAGGAUGCCCUGCACCGCCUCCUACCCUACCACGUCUACCAGGGUGCCCUCCCCUCCCCCAACGACUACCACAAAGUGGAUGAGGAGUUUGAGACGGUCUCCACGCAGCUGCUGAAACGCACGCAGGCCAUGCUCAAUAAAUACCGCCUCUUGCUCCUAGAGGAGUCCCGGAGGGUGAGCCCCUCGGCGGAGAUGGUGAUGAUCGACCGCAUGUUCAUUCAGGAGGAGAAGACCACCCUUGCCUUGGACAAACAGUUGGCCAAGGAGAAGCCCGACGAGUAUGUGUCUUCCUCGCGCUCUCUUGGCCUCCCCGUCGCUGCCUCUUCCGAGGGACACCGGCUCCCUGGCCACGGCCCAGCACCAUCCUCUGUGUCCGGGGCCCCCGCCCAGCCCCCUCUGCACCUGCCAACCAAGCUGGUGAUUCGGCACGGUGGGGCGGGUGGCUCCCCUUCCGUGACCUGGGCCCGGGCGUCCUCCUCCCUGUCCUCUUCCUCCUCCUCCUCGGCCGCCUCGCCCUUGGACGCCGAUGAGGACGGCCCCAUGCCGUCCCGCAACCGCCCUCCCAUCAAGACCUACGAGGCCCGGAGCCGCAUCGGCCUCAAGCUCAAGAUCAAGCAGGAGGCUGGGCUCAGCAAAGUCGUCCACAACACCGCCUUGGACCCUGUGCACCAGCCCCCGCCCCCUGCCGCCCUCAAGGCCGCCGAGCCCCCGCCCCGGCCCCCUCCGCCACCCCCUGCCACGGGCCAGAUGAACGGCACAGUGGACCACCCACCGCCGGCCGUCCCGGACCGCAAGCCCACGGCGCUGGCCCCCCACUGCCCCCGGCUGCCCCUUCGGAAGACGUACCGCGAGAACGUGGAGGCCCUGGGCGGCGCGGCCGGGGAGGGGGCCGGGACCGGCAGAGCCCGGGGCAGCAGUCCGGCGCCGCUGCCCACUAAAGUGGACGAGGCCACCAGCGGGCUCAUCCGCGAGCUGGCCGCGGUAGAGGACGAGCUGUACCAGCGCAUGCUGAAGGGGGCGCCCCCGGAGCCCGCGGCCAGCGCAGGGCAGGGCAGCGGCAGCAGGGAUCCCGGCUGGGAGGCGCCCCCCGCCAAGCGGCGCAAGUCCGAAUCGCCCGACGUGGACCAGGCUAGCUUCUCCAGCGACAGUCCGCAGGACGACACGCUCACGGAACACCUGCAGAGCGCUAUCGACAGCAUCCUGAACCUCCAGCAGGCCCCGGGUCGGACACCUGCACCCCCGUACCCCCACGCCGCCCCGACGGCCGUCACGCCUGCCUCCCCGUCGCCCCUGCACAGGCCAGAGGCCUACCCGCCCUCCAGUCACAACGGUGGCCUCGGGGCCAGGACGUUGAACAGAUAACACCGGGCCGGUCUUCGCUUCCCUGUCCCCCGUGCCGCGCGCGGACUCCGGGGGCAGCUGGGCGUCGGACCUCAGCCCCCUGGGGGACACGAGCCGGGGAUCCCCUGACAGUUUUUCUUGCCUAAGUUAUUUGAGUCACAAAGGCCUCCUCCCCCACUUCCUGCUUCAGCCUGGUUGUUGGGUGGGGGUUGUGGAUUUAGGAGAGGGGGCUGUAAUGUAAAAUGUCCCCCUGCCAAAGGUGGGGGUAAUCCCGGUGUGUCAUUUCCUAUUUCUUCCCACUUCCUGCCACACUCCGCCCCUCCGUGGGGGAGGGGAGGGGGGACACGCGUGUGUUUGCCAGGCAUGGAGGUAUCCUGGUCGUUCCCACUGCUCACGCGUGUCCCGGUACCGGGCUUGUCCGUGUGGCCGCACAGAUCCACGCGUCGAGGGCGCUCGAAGCCGGGAGGGUCCUUGGCGAGCCUCGCUCAGCCUCUCCCUACCGCCCCCCACAGGCUGUAAAAGGAAACGCAGGGAGGGGGGGCGUCAGCUAGCGCCCCGGACCCCCACCUCAGAGGGCUGUGCCCGCGGGCACCUGUGUCCCAUCCAUGUGUCUGUGUCCAGCUCCGCGUCCUGUGUCCCUGUGUGUGUGCUCGAGUGAGCAAGAGAGAGAGCGAAAGAGAUUUCGAACCCUCCCGUCCCUCGACUGAAAUCGGAACACCUCCAAAACAGGAAACCGGGGUCUUCCUCCCACCCCUCCAUCCCUCCCCAGCCAGUCUUCCCUCUGUUCUUCCUGCCGCCAGCCACCCGCGCCAGAUUUUGAAAUCUCGGAGACAAAACUAGUACUGUAAGAUAAAUUUUUUUGUACUGUAUUUAUUGUGUAUAACGAUUUUUUUAAAGGAGAAUUCUGUACAUUUAGAACUCUUGUAAAUUAAAAACUGAUCCUUUUUUUAAAACUCUA